GGAGAUAUUGCUGAAAUAAAGAACAGGAAGAGAUAGUGGUGCCUUGUCGCUGUGUAGCAAGUUCCUCUCCUUUCCCCCCGCUGAACGUCCCUCUCAUGGGUAAAGUGAAGGGCAAACUUGGGCCCUUGGCUCGGAGGCCAGACAAUUCUGCCUUCAAACAGCAGAGGCUACCGGCCUGGUCUCCCAUGUUGACCGCUAACACUGUGCUGCCUUUCUUCUACAUUAUGGCUUUGAUAUGUUUGCUGCUGGGAGUGUGGCUGCUUCUCACAGUUCAGAGCACACGGGAAAUAAAGCUGGACUACACUGUUGGGCCGUGUGAUAAAUGUCAUGAAAAGCGUAAAAAUGUCACCAGCGCGGCAGAGGACUGCAAAUGCACAGUGGAGUUUACCAUUGAGAAACGGUUCAAGGGAGACGUCUUUUUUUAUUAUGGCCUCAAAAACUUUCAUCAGAACCUCCGCAGAUACAUGGACUCCAGGGACGAUGGGCAGAUGGUCGGCAGGAAGAACAACUUAAAGAACCCCAGUUCAUACUGCAAGCCAUUUGUACGUGACCAGAGUGGACUCCCCAUUGCUCCCUGUGGUGCUGUGGCCAACAGUAUCUUCAAUGACUCCUUCACUCUGAUGUAUCACGAACCCAGCAGUACUCCAGUUAAGGUUCCGCUCUUGCGCAGAGGCAUCACCUGGUACACUGACAAAAAUGUCAAGUUCCGCAACCCCAAGAUGAACAGCUCAAUGAAUCUAGCUCAAGUGUUUGAAGGCACAGCAAAGCCACUGUACUGGAAGAAGCCGGUGUAUGACCUUGAUCCCUUGGACCAAAACAACAACGGCUUCAUAAACGAUGACCUGAUCAUAUGGAUGAGGGAGGCGGCCUUCCCCAACUUCAAGAAGCUCUAUGGAGUUUUACACCGCGCUAAAAAGCCCUUCACUGGGGGGCUUCCAGCAGGGAAUUACAGCAUCGACAUAUCCUACAACUUCCCUGUGCAGCCUUUCCAAGGCAGGAAGGAAAUAGUGCUGACCACACUGACCUGGUUUGGAGGUCAGAACCAUUUCCUGCCCAUCGCUUACUUGGUGACCAGCAGUCUCAUCCUAUUGAUCGCAAUCGCCCUCACGGUGGUGUGGUGCAAGUUUGGAAAGAACGGAAAGAACAUGGAGGAAUGACGGGUGGACAGUAAACACUUUGAAGCAGCUGAUUUAGAACUGCUUUAAAUGACAGAGCAGGAAAAACCAAUUGGUCAAACAAGACCAUGACAGCAUAUGCAGUAAAACCAAUGAAGAGGUAUGUUUGACAUUGUUCCCUUUCAACUUAAGGAUCCACAUAUUUGACCAAUUGUGUUGAAGCUUUUUGUACUUUUUGAUUUUGUGAAGGCAUUUCUUAACGUGCACGAUAUUGUUCCUGUACAGUUAAUAUUUAUAAACUCAGUCAGUGUGGCAUACAGGCUGAAUUUCAUGUCUCAGUGAAUGUACAGAAAAUAAGUGAUCACGUAGAAUACUGAUGGUCAUCAGCAAACCGAUAGAAACUCACCCUCUCUUGAGCCAGUCUCUGGACAGGUCACAUCCAGGCCCCAGGCUAACCCUCUAAAGCUUAUUCUUGAAACAUUUUUUUAUUAUUAUAGCAGCAUUAAGGUUAAUUUAUGCAGACUACUGUUUCUAAAUGAAUGUUAUGUGCGAUUAUAGUAGGUGCUUAUAAUGCUACUAUUACAGUACCCACAGCGAUGUUAGCAUUUCUCUGCCGACACAUUUAGCGAUUUUGAGCUAAAUGUGGCCAAUGCAGUCUUACUGUACAAUCUUAGUUUAGCAUGUUAGCAAUUGUUUAUUACCUGAUUAGCAAAUGGAGCUCGCAGGAAUUGUUAAAUUGUCAGAAAUUUUAUGUUGCAGACCUGAUAUCGUCAUGCAAUUGAAAUGUUUCCUUGCUAAGGUUUAAAUGUGGUCAUUUAUUGUAUGCUUUAAUUGUAUAUUCAGUGAUAUUAUGAAAGGGCCAGUGUAUAGAACCUAAUGGAGGUCUAUCAAUAGAAAUGAAAUACAAUAUUUAUUUGUCUUUAAUUGCCUAAAAAUAAAGAAUUAAUUUGGAAUAAGUCCUUUAUGUCACA